GCCGAAGCUGAGUCGUCUUCAUAUUACUUUCUCUUGACCUGACUUAUCUGGUGAUAAAGCAAGAUGCCUAUCCAGGAGGGAGAGACAUCAAAAAGCCUGGCAGAGAGCUAUGAACUUCCCAAAGUGCCUGUUCCACCUUUGAGUCAAACACUGGACAAGUAUCUGAAGUGUGUUCAACACCUUGUUAAUGAGGAACAGUUUCAUAAGACAAAAGCCAUAGUGGAGAGGUUUAGGGCUCCUGGAGGCACCGGAGAACUACUCCAGAAGAAACUUUUGGAGAGGAGAGACAAGACUGACAACUGGGUUUCAGACUACUGGCUUGAGGAUAUGUAUUUGAAAAACAGAUUACCUCUUCCAGUGAACUCCAGUCCUGUCAUAGUCUUCCCAAAACAAACAUUUAGAGAUCUCAAAGACUCCUUAAGAUUUUCUGCUCAUCUCAUCACAGGAGUGCUGGAAUACAAGGCUCUCAUUGAUGCACGGGCACUACCGGUGGACUAUGUCCGUGGGAAGUUAGCAGGGAUACCUCUUUGUAUGGAGCAGCACUACCGUCUCUUCACGUCGUACCGCCUGCCCGGCCUCAAGAGAGACAACCUGGUUGUCCAGAAGAACCCACCCUUCUAUGGGAUAGAGCACAUCAUUGUGACCUACAAGAACCAGUUCUUUAAGCUGGAUGUAGUGGCAAACAACAAACAACUCAAUGAAUUUGACAUCUUAUCUCAACUGGAGAAAAUAAUCAAAAUGGCAGUGAACGACAACUAUCAGCUUCCUCCAUUUGGCCUGCUGACCUCGGACGGGAGAACUGAAUGGGCUCAGGCCAGAGAUGUACUCAUAAAAGAUCCACUCAACAAAGAGUCAAUGGGAGUGAUUGAGAGCUGCCUGUGUGUGCUAUGUUUGGAUGACGCCAGUGGGAUGGAGCCCAGUGUAACCAACAGAGGCCUACUGAUGCUCCAUGGUGGGGGGGCCCAGAAGAAUGGAGCAAACCGCUGGUAUGACAAGCCAAUACAGUUUGUCGUAGCUGUGGAUGGAAUCUGUGGCUUGUUAUGUGAACACUCUCCUUUUGAGGGGGCUGUCCCGGUGCAAUGCAGUGAAUAUCUUCUAAAAUUUGUGUCAGGAAGUUCCUCAAAGUUAGCGAGGGCUGGCAGUGUCACAGAGCUAUGUACUCCCAGGAGACUUCUCUGGAAAUGCACCCCUUACCUCCAAGGACUCUUAGCUGUCUCCGCAAAUAGGCUCCAGAGUCUGGUUCAAAAUCUUGAGUUGGAUGUCUAUAAGUUCAAGGCUUAUGGAAAAGAGUUCAUCAAGAAACAGAAGAUGAGUCCAGAUGCAUUAAUACAAGUUGCCCUGCAACUUGCAUUUUACAGAUGCAACGGGAAACUCGUGCCCAGUUACGAAAGUGCAUCUAUUCGACGCUUCCGAGACGGGAGGGUGGACAACAUUCGCUCCGCUACCCUAGAGGCUCUAGUCUUUGUGAAAGCUAUGACAGAUGAAAAGGAUUCCCUCUCCGAUUCAGAAAAAAUGAAAAGGUUUUGGGAUGCAAUCAGUGCCCAGACUAAUUACACUAUUGCAGCUAUUACAGGGUUGGCAAUAGACAAUCAUCUUCUUGGACUUCAUGAGAUUGCUAAGGAACUCAAGAUGGAGGAGCCUGAUGUUUUCUUGGAUGAGACAUAUUUAGCCAGUAACCAGUUUGUUCUUUCCACUAGUCAGGUCCCCACUACAGAGGAGUUGUUUGUCUGCUAUGGUCCUGUGGUUCCCAAUGGCUAUGGAGUCAGCUACAACCCCCAGCCGGACCACAUCAUCUUCUGUGUGUCUAGUUUCAAAGAGUGCAAGGAGACCUGCUCGACCAUGUUCGUCAAGGCCCUGGAGGAGGGGCUGCUGGAGAUCAGGGACCUGUGGAAUAGGAGCAACGCUGGCCCCAAACCCCCCGGCCACGAGUCCAACCAGCCCCAGAAUCCAGGGAAGUAAAGCCACAGGAGACUGCAGCAUUUCCCUCCUUCACACUAAUAUAAUAGUAAUAGUGCCUUGUGUGUAUUAGCUGUUCAUGCAAUUACAUGUUAUCCUUCAGGAUAACAUUCAAAACAAACACAGCCUUAAUAAUUGUAUGAAAUGAUGUAUGUAGCUAUGUAAAACAAUGAUUCAGUAAAAUAAUGUUUUUACUGGUUCAACAUUUUGAGUGUUUUAUGUAGAUGUGGAUAAUGUGUUGUUGUCUCAUUAUUAGACUUCUCAGAACUCUGUGCUUAAAAAUGUGUGUAUAGUGUCUGUUGAGAACACAUUUGUAUUGUAUAAUGUGAUGGUGUGUAGCUCUAUUGAGAUGCUGUUAAGCUCAUGUCAUGCAGUAGAGUGGCCAUUAAUAUUAUAUUGAAUAGGAUAGGGGAGCUUGUAAUUUGAUCGUUCGUAGAUCAUUUGAGUGUAAAUGGAAGUUCAGUGAAUGUACUCAGC